AUGCUGGUCAGUACACAGGCCGUUACCACCGUCUCACACGGUGGCGCCUGCUUUGAGAUUCUAAAUCCUCGGAAGUCGUUGGACCUGGCACGAAUCGUCUCAUACAUUGAGGACGUCGAUAAUUGCUCCAUGGUCUCCAUGGACAAUCAGCGAGACUCUACUUUCUCCCUUGAUCAAGGACUGGACCCGGUGUCUCUGUCCCAGUUUGCUGAUGCACCGGUCCCAUCAUUUUACUCCACCAAUUCGUUGUACACCUCCCUCCCGGCGAAUUCCUCAACACCCAUGGGUCAACCGACGGACGAACGAUCUCUAUUGGACUUCCCUGUCAAUGAACAUAGCUUCAACUACUGGAGCCAACCUGUACAGCGCACUGAAAACAACGAUAUACGCACUGAUUUCUACAACGAGAGAGCGGCCUCACCAUCACCACACAUAGCCUUUAUCAUGGAAAAAUCAAAAUCUCCAACCCUUGGCUUCUCUUGUCGACCCUCCACCCCAUCAACACAACUUUUCUACCCAGAAAGCGAGAUUGGCGAGCCGGGCUCGCCCGUCUACGCAAACGGCGACUGGGCCCAAGUCGACGAGCGCGACAGGGGCAUCUUAUUCGACCCCCGGGAAGACGAACUAACGCCUGACCACCACUACCACGACAACAUUUACUUACAAGAACACGAAGAACCACCAACACCCCGCGAAACCCCCCUCGAGACACCAAGUGGCUCACCCAUGCACUCACCCAUGUAUUCAAACUUUGACUCCGCCUAUCCCUACCCGCGUUCCUUCUCAACCUCCAAACUCCCAAAUUAUCCCGGCCCCUUCGAUCCAUACACCUUUGAUCCGGUGUAUUUCGACCCGCACGUCCAGUCUGUCCUCGCAGCUGCGAACGCAGAGACGAUGGGGUUACGGGGCAGUCCUGCACGCGCGCCGGACGAGCUGCAGAGACAGAGGGUGCGGUCAGAUGAGACUAGUCCGCGGUUCGAGUUCCAGAGGAGGAAGAGUGAUGAGAGGAAGGCCGGAGUGCAGAAGAAGGGGCUGAGGAAGUUCUUCAGCUGGAAAUCCGGGAAUUAG